UUGCUGAACUUAGAAAGGAGAAUGCUGACGUCAAGGCUGAGAAUACAAAGUUAAAACAAGAUAAAGAAGAAAUCGAAGCCAGAAUCGUGGGGUUAGAACAGACCACCAAAGAAAAUGCUGAACUUAAGGCCAGAGUCGCGAAAUUGGAACAGACUGCAGAAGAAAAUGCCGAGCUUAAGGCUAGGGUCGCGAAAUUGGAACAGAAGCAGUCACAAAACAUAUUUCUUCCGAUACCCAUCCAUCCAACUCCUUGCCCAUAUCAUCAGAAGAUAAGGAGGUCGAUGAAUUCCUGGGUUCGAAGUAUAAGGAAAAGAGAUAUGGAGUCACGACCCCAAAUUAAUCAUAAUACAAAAACCGUUCCCUCAGGGAAUGAUCAAAGUCAUGUGAUUUUAACAGAGUCGCCUUCGUUGCAAACUGAAGUGUCUGAAUUAGAACAGGACAAUGAAAUUGACAAAAACCAAAUUGUUGAACAAGGUUUAAUACAAGAAUUGCAUUUACCUACUAAAGAAAACGACAGCUUUAUCAAAAUUGGCAACUCUGGCAACAAAUCAGGGAAUAUGUUUUCGCUCAAUGAUUGUUUCUUUUAA